GCUUUUUGUUUUGUUUUAUACAUACAUACUCUGCAUGCGUGUGGGGUCGACUGCACUUCUGGUGUCCUGUGCGAGUGUGUAAGAUACACAUCAACUGCUUCUUCAAAAAACAAUAGUAAUUAUUUUUUUCCUCUUCUGCUAUCCCGCAGACGCCCCUGCUCCUUCUCUUUCUCUGCCCUCUCUGUCCCUCUCUGCACCUCUUCUCGUCUUUUUCCCCUCCAUUUUUGGCGCACAUACACCCACUCACCCGCACACGCACUAAUUCCUUUUCCCCUUUUCUCUGUCUUUCAGCGUGCGGCUUCUUCUUCUUCUUUUUUUCCCCUUUCCUGGUACGUUGAGUGAGGUUUGAACUGUCAUUUUUUCUUUUUACAUUCUCGCAGAAGGGCGUCUAUAGUCUUCUCUUUUUCUCUCUCCCUGUUUCGACGUCGGCGCUACCUUCUAUGGUUCGCGAUUUCUGUUGCCUCUCCACUUGUGUCUCUCCUUCCUUCCUGUUUGUGCUCUCUUUUCGCAUCUCACAGUCAGCAUUCCUCGGUGUAAAGGCUGCGGUGCGGUUUGAUUUCUUUCUUCCCUUUUUUUGUGACAUUUUUUUCUUUUCCCCGGAUACUUCCUCUUCCGCUACCGUUCUCCAUCCUCUCACGUUUCCGCAAUCUUGGCUCCCUCCGGCGCGCCGGUAAACGCUUUUCAUUGUUUGUUAGCCGCCGCACUUUCUUGACUCUCUUGACUUUCUUUUUCUCUUGCUGUGUUCAUCCUGCUCUGAAAUAGGCACCUCAUUCUCCCCCUCCCCUCCCUUUUUUUUUCUCUGCCCUUUAGUUCUUGCCCGUUUGAAUCACGAGGCUGAAGCUGCACAAGCCUGCUACAUACAGGAUAAGACAGUACGCCAAAGCCACACACAGUACCCGCCCCAAUAGCCCCACGUUUGUCUCUCCCUCCAUAUAUAUUUUCCCCUUCCUUUGUUGUUCCCAUUCGUGGUGUUACCUGUGCCCAGUCUCUCUUAAGGUUGUUUGGUUUACCCCCAUUUUAUCUUCACUUCAGCAUUUCCUUGUAUAUGCUCUUCGAGUUUUUUUUUGUUUUGUUUCUUGUGUGGCUUUACGCAUUCAAAUCCUUGACUUUUGUUUUUAUAUUUGAGAGCACGCAGGUUGGCUCUUCGAGGAAGCUCCGAUUCGUCUCUUCUCAUCGAGCGAAUUAAACCCGCUCGCGCGUGUGCAAGUACGUAUGCAUACAUGUACCUGUCCAACUUUUCGUUUUCUGCACCUUCAGUCCUACUGACACGAAGGUAUUGCUAUUGUCCUUGUUACUAUCUUCUCUUUUUUUUCCCUUUCGUUGGAUUUGUCCGUAUACAGUGAGGCCUCUCUCUCUCUUUAUCAAGGAAGUUCCGUUGUGUCUGUGUGUGUGUGUGUCUGUGGUGUGUUGUAGCUGCCCCAUCAUAGGCUUCUCACCAAGCACGAGUCUCAACCUGUCAUUUUCCUUCGAUUUCUCUCCCCUUCUAUUUUGCUUUAUUAUUAUUAUUGUUAUUAUAUAUCUCUAUUUUCUGUUGUUACUCCUCCUGUCUUUUUGUGUUUCUUGAGCAUUAGAGGGUGGUUCGUCAACUUGUGAUUUACCGUUUUGUGUUUUGGACUCCUCAUUUCGUUUUAUUCUUUUUUAAUAAUAGUAAUCGUCCGCAUUCCGGUGUGUUUUUUGCUCUCUUUUCUUCUGUGCUUAGAUAUAGAUAUACUCAUAUUAAAUCCAACCCCUUAUAGUGUCUGUGUUUGCGCUAUUGAACCCUUCUCCACCCCUGUUUUUUUUUUACUCUCUCCCCGUUCUGUUGUGCGUGUGUUUGUUGUGUCAUCGUCGUGUCUUCUCCAUCCUUUUCACUGUACCACAAAUAAAUAUAAAUAAAUCAAUCAUCAACAUCAACAACAGAAAAGUUUUUCUUCAUUUGCAAUUCUACGCGACGUUCCUUUCUUUUCUCCAGUGCGUGUUCGUGUUUUUUUUUCUUCUCUUUGUAGUUUACAUUUUGCGCAUUUACCCUUUUGUCAACCUUUCUAUUUGUUGUUGUUAUUAUUAUUAUAGAAGCCUGUAUUCCAGCCGACCACUCACCAGAAACAGCAGCAAAGCAGACGGCACGGUCUCUCCGCAAAUAUAUAUAUUUUUAAAAUAUUCCUUCCCAUUAGCGGUGCCAGUGUCCGCCCCUUUCUUCUUCUUAAUGUUAUUAUUAUUAGAUCUUUUUCCGUUUUCCCCGUUUUCCCCGAUUUCCCCAUUUUCCCCUUACGCUUGCAGAACAACAACAAAAAAGAAGUUUGUCUUCUGUUUCGCAGGUUAGAUUCACAAAGGUGUGUUGACAGCGUUGGUUUAUAUUUAUAUAUUAUCACACUUUACACCUUAUUAGUUUUUAUUCUUUAUUUUGUUUAGUGCUAGUGGCAAAUGCCUUCCAACACGCCACCCCCGCGGGCGCACAGGUCACGCACGGGCGAGCUUCUGCCCGACUCUCCGCAGCGCCUGCCUCAACUCGCGUCUGGCAGCAGCACCUCCACCUCCCCGCAAAAGCCACCGUCGUCCAGCGGCACUGGCAGCCUCGGCCCUCCCCUUCCAUCGCAUCGACCGCAACAGCGGCAGCCCUCGUCGCCACCCCACCAAACACAUACCGGCGCUCUUCCGUACACGCCGUCGGCGCAUUCGUCUCCACCUCGACCACCACCAUCGCCACCACCGCUGCCACGCGCCACAGCGGCCACUACUACUACGAAGACGGCCACCACCAUUACGGCUAAUAAUGCCGCAGGCAGCAGCAACGGCAGCAUCGGCGGUGGCGGAGCAGGAAUAAGGGAGGGUGCAGCCACAGUGCUACCACGCGCGCCGUUCGUCACGCCGUCCGUCAAGAACACGACCACGACACGCUCCUUCUUGCCACAGUGGGUGCACCUUAACUUUUCGACCCUCGCUGGUCUGCCAUCUCUUUCUUCUUCUUCCCGUGUUGCCGGAGUAUUGGGAGCCAUGCCGGCACCGCUGGUUGCGCUGAACGAGCCCACGCCAGCUCAGGAGACAGCGCCCACUUCCACGCAUCGUGUUGAUGUCACACAAUCUUUCAACGUGGAGGGCACCGAAGCGACGACAUCUCUGGCCGCGCCGAUAGUGGCGGAGCCGCAGCGCGGUGAGCCGCAGCGACAACAGAGCAAAGUAACAGACAACAACAGCGAUGCGGAGGGAGAAGAAGAGAGCAAAGUUCCUGCUGCUGCCGCGGUGCAGACGUCCCCCCGAGUCCCGUCGUCGCUGGUUCUUGUGUUCCUGUUGGGGGUCGAGCAUUCCUCUCUGGACUGCCGUCCUCGGACACGCUCUCAUUCAACGCGGCACCCACUGCCUACCCGCCACCGCUGCUGCGCGUCGCCUCCACCGCCACCGCAACUGCCCUGCACAACUCCGUCGAUGGCCUCGCUCCGCUGAUUGAGUGGGUGCCGGUGCCGGGCUGGGACGACACCGAAAUGUGCCGUGGCGGGGGCGGGGGCUACUUCAAGGCCGACGCCGCGACGGGCAGGACGUAUCGUGUGAACUGGGUGCGUCCGCGCGACUUCUCGCGGCCGCCAACGAUCAGCUCCUCUGGUGCUGCCACGCCGGCGUCGUCCAGCCCACUGCAGGUGAAUGUGCUGGCCAGCGAACUCGAUGCGGCGACGGGUGCGGUCGUGCACGUGAUCCAAGCCGUCGAUUAUCUCGAUCAGCCACCACUGUCACGGCAAGCGCUGCAGCCGCCACCGCCGAUAGAACACGCGCACCGACAUCUCCAGUUCGAUGUGCCGCUGCUCGAUACGGCGGUGUCGACGCCGAAGAACGUUGCUCGUGCAAAGCUGACCGGCACCGCCACACCGUCCGCGGAGACUUCGUCAGUAGCCGUGCGUGACACCGUGGCCGCCGUCGGCAUCACAGAGGAGGGAAAAAUGGCUUCCGCAGGAGGAGGAAGAGGCACACCAAACCGCCGUGCUGCGGGUGCUUUCCAUGAUCCACAGCGCUCGGCCGGCCCAACCCGACGCACUCCCCUGGCUGCCGCGCCUUCCUUCCCGCUGGACACACCAGCCCCUCGCUCCAGCACCGAUUGCGAGAAUCCUGCAAUCGCCCUCGACGCGGACCACGGCGCGACGUCCGCGUCGUGCGUGUUUCAAUGGCUCGGCUCGUCUAAUAGAGUCGGAGAGGCGAGCCGCAGCGAUGAAGCCGCCGCAGCGCCGUUCUGCGUCCCGCCAGAGGCGAUGCUGCGGCGAAGUCUGCCCGUGACGAGCGACGGCUACGACGUGUACGACUGCAGUGUCUUUAUGGGUGUGCGAAAGGAUGGGACGGUGUCCGUGGUGAUGCUGGGGCCCUACCCCGAUCGUCUGGCUCUCACACCGCGACCUGUCUUGCCGCCACCACCGCCACCGCAGCAACUGCAUCAACACCACGCUUCUGUGGUGGAUGACCAACGGCAAGCCCAAACGUGGCCCUGCGCUUCCCCUCCGCACUCGCCCACUUCUCCCCCACCACCACAGGGGCGUCGACGGCAUCAACAGCAGCACCAGCCACGAAGACCUUCGAUCAGCACGUCCCCGGCGGCGCGCCGACGGCCGGCGUCUCCACAGACCUCCUCGCGCACCACGGCGCCGAUGACAGGUGCCGUCGCCGUUGCUUCUCCUCCUCCUGCAACUGCCACAGCAACUGCUACUGCGGCGACGACCACGGCGAGAAACACAUCGGGUGUGUUUGGGCUGUUGAGCAGCACAUUUGGUUUUACUCGCACCCCCCACGUCCUUCAACCGCCGCCGCUGCCGGAGCGGCUGCCACCGCCAUCGGCGGUGUCCUCGACGCCCCGUCGCAGAGGCGGCACCUUUGACGUUCCACCGCGGCCCGACAUCGAUCGUGAUCGCGACGCGACGCCGUUGAACCCCGCCCGGCAGGGGGUGGUCGUCGUGCCGCCGCCGCUUCCGCCGUCGCACUCGCAGGGGACAGCGUUGCUGUGGUCACCGCUUGCACCGACCGGCCUGACCACCACCUCCGCGUUGGUGAACAGCCGAACAGGGAGUGGCGGAGGACCGCCACUGGCGCCCCCGGCUCCUUCUCACAACCUUUCUGCCUUCCCAGCCGACGCCAUCCAGUCGCCCCGCGAACCGCAGGCAGCCACGUUAAAACCGACGCCGCCAACCACGACGACGACGACGGCCGCCACCACCACGACUGUAGCAAACCUCGACAUUUCUGCCUUUGUGGAAGCGGCGGCGAGGGCACAUGGACAAUCACCACCACUGCCAUUCGCAGCAGCAACACUACCAGUCGUGUCCGUCUCGCCGACCACCACGACUCCCACCGCCGGGCAAAGUACGCUAUUCUCGUUGUCGCACCGAGCAAGGUCCUCGUCGUACCGCACGCCGGUGACGGCAGAUGUAGUGCCACCCACGAAGCCCCCACCCCACCUCUCCGUUGUUGCGCUGUCCUUGGCGGAUGCCAUGAACCCACUGCAGCCGACCAGUAAGACCACAUCGAACUCGCUUCUCCCUGGUUGGUGUCUGCACCUGGCGGAUGCCCUGCUCACCCCCUGCUCCAUCCGGGCCAGCUACCCCUCUCUCCAGUCUCCACAGGAUCGGCCAUCGCGACAUCCACCACCGCCGCAGCCGCAACAGCCGCCAUCCGCGCCGACGCCCACGUCGCGGGCACCACCACCACCGCGGCCACCACCGCGGGCAGUGAUGUGGACAGCAAGAUGUGGAGCGUGGAGACGCGCAACGGGGUGCCGAUUGGGUGGACGCUGA